AUGAAUCAAAAAUCACAACAACCAUGGACUGAAAAGUACCGUCCAAAGACUGUGGAUGAUGUUGUGCACCAAGAAGAGGUUGUUAGUGCUCUGAAGAAGAGUUUGGAGGUGGGCAAUCUUCCUCACUUGCUUUUCUAUGGACCUCCUGGUAAUGGUAAAACAAGUACAGCAACUGCUAUUGCUAAACAAUUAUUUGGACCAGAAUUAUAUAAAACUAGAGUAUUGGAAUUGAAUGCGAGUGAUGAAAGAGGUAUCAAUGUUAUUAGAACUAAAGUUAAAACAUUUGCUCAAACAGCUGUGAGUGAAAAUCCAACAGGAAAGGGAAAGUAUCCAUGUCCUCCUUUUAAAAUUAUUAUUCUUGAUGAAGCUGACUCAAUGACUGUAGAUGCUCAAUCUGCAUUGCGUAGAACUAUGGAAACCUAUUCUAAUGUCACCAGAUUCUGUUUAAUUUGUAACUAUGUGAGUCGUAUUAUUGAUCCAAUCACAUCAAGAUGUGCUAAAUUCAGAUUUAAACCACUCGAGUAUUCAUUACUUAAAGAAAGAUUACAAUAUAUUGCUAAUCAGGAGGGAAUAACACUUAAAGAUGAAAAAGUUUUGGAUACUAUUGUAGGUCACUCUGAAGGAGAUUUGAGAAAGGCCAUCACAACAUUACAAAGUGCCUCUAGAAUGUUUGGUAAUGCUAUUUCACAAAAUCAUAUAGCUGAAAUUUCUGGUCUAGUUCCAGAUGAAAUCAUAGAAGAAAUUUUAACCCUUUCCCAACAAACUGACCUAGGUGUGAUACGUAGUGGUGUGAAUAAGAUUAUCAAGCAAGGUUUUGCUGCCUAUCAAAUAAUUACCCAACUUGGACGAUAUUUAUUGAGCGAAGCUUGUUGUGUUAAAAUGGAUGAUAUUCAAAGAAGUAAGAUUCUAUUGAAAAUAUCCGAAUGUGAUAAGUGUUUAAUUGAUGGAGCUGAUGAAUUUUUACAGUUACUUUCCCUAGCAUCCUACAUUUCCAAAACCUUACAAACUGAUGCUGAUGGAGACGUUUCAAUGAUGUAA